CGACAGAGCAACUCGAGUAGUCAUCCUGCAGUGAUAUCGGUUUUCGAGUGUGAAAUAAGCCAAAAUGUCGGCACAGAAAUACAUGAUCGGACUGGCCUUCCUGGUCGCCGCUCUGCUGGCCAUCAACGUUGUACCUGCUAGUGGCACUAUCAAUAAUUAUGCCGCCGCUAACAAAUCGCACCAUCUGAUCGUCGGCACCAGGAUGGCUGGUGACAGGCUCGUGCUCAGACAGAACGUCCAGAAGAACUCAUCUUGGAUGAAAGUAUCCGUUGUUGAGAAGACCUUCAACACUUCAAUGUGGGAACGCAUCACUAUGGUCAAGGCGCUGGAUCAGAAGACUAAUGGCAAUGGCGCUUAUGCCAGUCUCUUACGAGGUGGACCCGGCCACAGCAACGUCACCCUUAAGUUCAAGAGCCAGAGGGGUCACAGCAUCAACUUCAUCGUUGAACUCUACGCACGUUGAUGAAUCUUGGUGGUUGCAGCUAAUAUCAGGAUCGACUAUUUAUUUCUACACCGUCACCUUCGUCAAGAAACAUUAGGAAAAGAAUACGGCACUUAGAUACUCUUAUCUGCUAUAUACUUCAGUAUUGAUAUUUUGUAUAUAUUACGAAUAAAUCAAUAUUACUGUAAUA